UAAAUUGAUGGGUGUAAUUCACUUUAGCUUAUUUUUUUGUUGUCUAAAUCAUUAUUGACAAACUCUCAUAUUGAUUGUUGAAGGAAGCAAGUAGACAUUUAGUUCAGGAUUCCUUGUCAAACUUUACUUGAGAACUUCCGGAGCAAUGUAACAAUACAGACAAUCUGAAUCAGACUCCUUGUUACAGGGGAGCCCCUAGUAGCCAUAUGUGUGCGCAGUACCUAUAAUGUAUUCAGUGUAAUUCCAUUACUUAUGACCUGCUAGGCUAUAACACAGGCAAACAUUCUACAUCCCCCCUUUCUUAGUUUACUGCUACGAGGAAAGAAAAUAAUAAUACGUUAACAUGUUCUAUAGCAUAUGCAUUAAAUAAGGAUGCCAUUAUCACCUGAAGCUUAAAUCAAAACCUAAGCCGAAUCACAGGUAAACAGUUUGACAUAGCAUUUUAAAAUUCAAUACUCAAAACUGUCAGACAACUUGGAAACAAUUUUUUUUUCAAACAGUCCAACAACCUAGUGCCUACUGAUUGUAUUUAGGGUUUGGCUUGGAAACCCUCCCAGAGCGUGUAAUGUAUGUAUUACUCAUUGGGCCAUGGGGAGACUGAAUGGGGCCCUGGCUAAAGUUUUGUGUGUGAGUGAGGGUUUGUUCUUCUGUAUGUUUUGCAAGUCUCUGUGUGUGAUGUUCAGAGAAGGACGUUGAUGACUGGACUGCAGGAGUGGAGUCAUGAAGCUCUCUCUGUUGCGGUGGUGGUUCAGAGACUGGAAUAAUAUGUCUGCGGUUCCGUCUGUACUCUCCUCCAUCUGACUGGAUGAUGUACGAUCUGGGUUCCUUACAGACUUCUUUGAUGGUCCCUAAGCAGUCAUGUCCAUGGGGGGUUUGCAUCCUCACAACCUCACCUUGGUGCAAGGGCCAAAGGGGUCUGCUAGACUUGUCGUAGCAUUGCUUUUGCGAGUGGCGUUUAUGAACUAAGCCUUCUUUGACAAGUGUGUUGAUUUUGGGAUCAGCAGUUUCUUGCUCAUGGGUAAGGUGGUUUGUGUUUGUCUCGACAUCAGUCUUUCAGCUGGAGAGCCAAGUGUUUGAUCACAUGGCACAUUGCGAAGGUGAAGCAAGUCGAGGAAUACAUCUGUCCCAUCUCUUCUUGACUUUUCCAUCAGCUGCUUUGCACUAUGGACAGCACGUUCAGCUAGCCCAUUGGCUUGUGGGUAUUCUGGACUACUUGUUACAUGAACAAAGUCCCAAGCUGAGGCAAAGUCUGCGUAGCGCUGGCUGGUGAACUGCGUGCUGUUGUCUGAGAUGACCUUGUGCGGGCUGCCAUGAACAGAGAAGUGCCUUUUUAGUUUUGUGAUGACAGUGUUGGCAGUUAAAUCACGCAGCAGAUCAAUCUCAAACUAGAGGUCUGCACAGGCCGGAUUUUUCAGUCCCGCUCCCGCCCGCGCCCGCAUUGUGCAGUCCCGCUCCCGCCCGCUCCCGCAAAGAAUUAUGAUUUUCAGUCCCGCCCGCGCCUGCCAUAUUUUGUCCCGCUCCCGCCCGCAAAUCCCGCAUGAUGCAGACGUUCGCGUUAUUUCUCACGCAAGUUCUUGUCUUGACACAGCGUGAUGGUGCCCCACCCCCUACUUUGAGUGGAUAAUUAUUCAUAGGAGACGCUCUCCCGUGGUGCAUCUCCUAUGAAUAAUUAGUGUGAAAGGAGAGAUGGAUCGCAUUCUUGAACUUAUUCUUUUAGUUAUAUUUCUUUUCAGUUGUUUUUAGCAGCAGAAGGAGACAAACGUUUCGGCUGUUGCCUUCGUCAGUGUCUCUAAUAAUAAUAAUAAACAAUAAAAAAAGACAGACGAGCACGUAAUUCCAAGUGGAAAUUUGGUAUAUUUAUUGUUCAGCCAUACAAAACAUUAGGCUAACCCAGUUUACAUUUGUAAAGCAUUUCUAACUAGAAUAUCCUAUAGAAUACCCUAUAAGCAUAGCAUAUAUAAAUGUUAUAACAAAACAGUCCUAGCCUACAACAACAAAAAAAUCGACAGUAUAGGCUACUGUAGCCAUUAUAGGGCUAUGGUUGCACAUUUCUAAAACUAUUUGGGCUUGAGCCUCCGUGCAAGUGUUAAACUCAAUAUAACAUAGCUGACUUUGUUUGAAUAUGAAUAAGAAAAACGAGAAAAUCAAACGCAGGUAAACGAAACAACUAAGCCUAUUGCUUAGGAUAUCGGGUUCUUUGAACAGCUAUGGAGAAACAGCAAAUUGUUCACUGUUGAGGGCUUCAACAUACUGCACCUUUCCUCCAGUAUGCGACCACAUAUGCUGAACACGCGCUCGGAUGGUGCGCUGGAACCUGGAAUGGCCAGUACAUGCCGUGCCGAGAUCUCAAACGGAAGAGGAAAGGAAUCGGAAACGUACGAGAGAUAUUUAUCCUCUCCUGGAUCAGAAUCAGAAUCAGAAUUCUGAUGACCAGCUCAUCUAAGGUGUCAUUGAGGCAUCAUGUUAGUGUGGGUCACUGGAGGCUGGGUGUGAACGGCGAGUCAUUAGAGUAAUCAAAGGAUUGCCUGUUAGGGUGAUCAAUGGCAAUCUGACUCUCUCUGCAAAUUUAGGCAUCUUAAAAUGUUUUUAUUAAUGUCAAAUAAAAUAUCCAGCACAAAUUAUAUAUGAUAGACAUAAAUUAACAAUUUAUAAAUUUUAUUUUAAACACGUUUUUAGUUAGCGGGACUGCAGCUUAUCACCGCUCCCGCCCGCGCCCGCAAUGAGCUUUCAAAAUUUGUCCCGCGCCGCACUGCUUUGCGGCGGGUCCAGCGGGAGUGCAGGGCUCUAUCUCAAACCAACCUGAGUAGGAAUCAACUAUGACAAGAUAAUGUUGGCCAUUCCACUCAAGGAUGUCCAUUGCCACGGUUGACCAGGGUAGGUCAGGCACUGGAUGUAGCUUCAGUGGCUCUUUCUGUUGGUGGGAUCUCAUACUGUUGCACAUGGGACAGGCAGCUGUUUCCUUUUCGAUGUCGUCGGUGAUGGUGGGCCAGAACACAAUGCCACGUGCUCUGCGUUUAGUGGCUUCUGUGCCUGGGUGCCCUCCGUGGAGAAUGGUGAUAUAGUCCUUUUGCAGUGACUUGGGAAUUACUAUCUUUGGACCCUUCAUGACAACCCCAUCCGACUGCCAGUUCAUCCUUGUAGGGAAAAUACUGACGAAUCUCUGGUGGUAGCUGUGUUUGUUUGAGGGGCCAGUCCUUGGAUAUGACAUUACUGAGCUUCUGCAGGACUGGGUCUGAAGCAGUAUGUUCCAUCAGUUCUGUCAAUCUGGAGGAAGAAAUGUGUUGAAUUGACAUAAUCUCAUAGCCACUUGUCUUGUCAGUGUGCUGCUCUGUUGUUCCGGGAGCGCAUGACAGAGUAUCAGCAAUGUACAUUUGUGAGCCUUUUUUGUACAAGAUUUUGAAGUUGUACUUCUGCAACCUCAGCAUCAUACGUUGCAGUAUGGCUGGAGCUGAGUGUAUGGGCUUGUUAAGGAUCAUGACUAGUGGCUGAUGAUCAGUCUCGAUCUGGAUUUUUUUUCCAUAGAUGUAAUCAUUCUACCAAAUCCCGGUGACGUCACUUCCGGCUAACAUGAGAUGUGCCGCCGUGGAUACUCAGUACACAUCGCUUAGCCGUGGAGUUCGGAUCUCUUCUAAUCCUUCGGAGCUGUGGAGGCGAUUUUCGGCAAUAAAUCCCCUUGAUCUUUAGAUUCCAGAAAGGACAUCAAUGAAACAUGUCCAGCCCAAGAAGAUUGACAAACCAACUAGUGCUGAAGAUUUAUUUGCCACAAGGAGAUACAGCGACAACUCUCCAGAGCAACGUACCAAGGAAGAAGGGAUAGCGCAGUGGAUAGGCCGCACAGGACUCCCAGCACGAAUUGUUGAAGAUGAGGAGUUUGUCACUAUGAUGACAAAAAUGGACAAAAAGUUCAAAGUGCCAAAAUGACAUAAAAUUUUAAACUUGAUCGAAAAAAUGUACAAAGAAGAGAAAGACAAAAUCAAACAAAACCUUGACACAGCACGCAGAAUAACUAUAGGGUUGGAUAUAUGGACCAAAAAGGGACUUACCGCAUCUUUUCUGGGAGUGAGCGCCUGUUACUUCAACCCUGAGAACAACAAAGCUGAACACAAACUCCUGAACCUGAAGGAGAUGGUUCAUCCUCACACCGCAGAGUCGAUUAGUACACUUGUAGAGGAGUCAAUGGAAGAGUGGGGGCUACCCAGAGAGAAGGUCCUCACAACAAUCACUGACAAUGGCAGCAACAUGGUGGCUUCAUUCCACACACAUGCAGAAGUUGCCACAACUUCUGAAGAGGACUCAGAUGCAGAGCCCGACAAUGCCAGUGAUGACAAUGAGCAGCAAGAAGGGGAGGAUUACAGAUAUGAUUAUGGAGCCAUAGAGAGGACCCCGUGUGUAGUUCACACGAUUCAGCUGGUUGUGAACAUGGUCCAGAAGGAACCCCCAAUCCGAAGGCUGUUGGAGAAAGUGAGGCACUUGGUGAACAAGUUCAGGAAGUCCUCUGUCACCACAGAGCAACUGCUGCAGAAGUGUGCACUCGUUCUGAUAAAAGAUUGUCCCGCCAGGUGGUCAAGUUGCUUUGCUAUGAUUUCACGCUGCCUUGAAGUCAAGGAACAUGUUUCAGCUGUGGCUGAGUCCAUGGGCUGGGACAGCCUGCAGCCCAGUGAGUGGCAGAAAAUUGGGAUGCUGAGAGACCUUCUUCUUCCAUUUGCAGAGCACACCAAGUCACUUGAAAGUGACACACAAUCACUUUCCCUUGUUGUACCAGCACUCAUGGAUCUCAAAAACCACCUGUCAGAGUUCUUGCUUGAUCAUGGAAGAACCUACAAAGAUGCUGCUACUCUGGCUCAUAAGAUGCUUUCUAGCAUGGACAGGCGCUUUAGUGUGUUUCUUGACAUAGCAGCUGACAACUUCUCACCACUUCCUGCUGUAGCUUGCCUUGUGGACCCUUGUGUAGCUGAAACCCUUCUGGAAAAUGAUGACAACGAAGUACAGAAUCUUGUCAGAAAGGCAGAGGACUACAUAGCUCAUCUUGUGCCACAGAGACUGCAAGUCCAAGAAGAGCAGUUGACCGAUGAUGAGCAAGGUACCAAUGAGAGUGCAGAGGCGCCAGGGGCAACCCCUGCAAAACGGCGGAGAUUUAAGUUCUUCAGUGCCAGUCGUCCAUCGAGGCCCAAGACAGCCAAGACAACAAAUAUUAGACAGGAGAUUUUGAAAUAUAAAGAGGGACUGUCCGAGUUCCACUAUGCUGCUGCCACUAGUGCUGAGGGUGAGGACUCUGGCAUUGAGUAUUGGUUAACUCAGUGUUCUACUUCAUUUCCAACACUGAAACCUCUGGCCUUGGACCUCCUGGCGAUGCCAGCCUCUCAGGCAUUUACAGAGAGGGUCUUUAGUGUAACUGGUUACCUCUCUUGUGGCCGCAGGAACAGGGCUAGGGCCAUUUUGGAAAGAAGUGCUUUCCUCAAAGUAAACAAGCCUAAGUAGUAUAAUUUCUGGCCUGAACAGACAUGCAAGAAGCAUGUGUGUACUGCAGUACAUGCGCGCGCGCACACACCUCACAGUUUGACAAAUGUGGGUUUUAUUGCAAGAGACGCCCUAUCUGUGCCAUGCACCAGUUAAAAGAAAAUCUUAUGUCAUAAAUAUAGCCAUGGAGUAAUGUAUACUGGAUAGUUUUUUUUUUCUUUUGUUGUUACUGCUGUUUGUAUCAGGUAGUCUUUAAAUAACACAUCCAGGUGGUUACCGUUUGUGUUGAUGCUGUUGAGACUGCUGGUUAUUAGGUUCAGUCUGAUCCAUUUUGUCAACAAAUGCUUCUUUACCAUCCCAUUUGAUCUCCACAAGGCACAAAAUGGUGUUAAAUCGUUCAAUAGUUUUUAUGAUACAAAGUCUUACAUGCAGCACAAGUCACACACUUUUUUUUCCAUUUUAUUUUAUUUGCACUUUUUUACUAUGUCAUUGUAGCCCAACCAU